UUUCACCGAAGCGGUGAGUCACAGAUAGAGAGAGAGUCGUCGUUUGAGGGAGCAAAAGAGACAAAGCCUCACAGACUCCAGUAGACCUCUUGGCGGAUUCGCCGAAACACAUCAUUGGAUUCAUCUCUUAUAUUAUAAUCUUAAUCUCCCCCAUUUUUCUUCUUCUUUCACCUUCUGGCCUUCCUAGGGCUUCCUGCUAUAAGUUUCAAUUUCUCCCCUUGUUUCCUUCAUCUCGUCUCCUUCAAUAUUUUCUCAACUCAAUACAACAUCAACCAUGAUUCGCUUUUAUUGCUGUAUUUAAUUUAGCAAAUGAAUUUGGGUAUUUUUUUCGUUCUUGUUUUGUGUGUGAGAUUAAUUUGUGGGGAGCAAAGAGAAGGGAGGGUGUUGAAUGUUGAUGACGUACUACUAUAGCGAAAAAGACCAUGGAAUAUUCACCCAAAAAGAACUUUCCAGUAGACCCCAAAGACUACACGUUGUACGAAGAAGUGGGUCAAGGUGUGAGCGCCACUGUCUACAGAGCUCUCUGCAUCCCACUUAAUAUAAUCGUCGCCAUCAAAGUUCUGGACUUGGAGAAAUGCAACAAUGACUUGGAUGUUAUUCGUCGAGAAGUACAAACCAUGAUCUUGCUUGACCAUCCAAAUCUGCUCAAGGCACACUGCUCUUUCACUGCUUCCAGGAGCCUCUGGAUUGUCACGCCUUACAUGGCUGCUGGGUCAUGUCUCCACAUUAUGAAAUCUGCUCAUCCUGAUGGUUUCGAACAGCCCGUUAUUGCUACAUUGUUGCAUGGGGUUCUCAAAGCCAUUGCUUAUCUACAUGCCCAUGGCCAUAUUCAUAGAGAUGUUAAGGCUGGAAAUAUACUCGUUGAUACAAAAGGUGCAGUUAAGUUAGCGGACUUUGGAGUUUCAGCGAGCUUGUUUGAUACUGGCAAUAGACAACAUGCAAGAAAAACAUUUGUUGGAACUCCUUGCUGGAUGGCUCCGGAAGUUAUGCAGCAAUUGCAUGGCUAUGACUUUAAAGCAGACAUCUGGUCAUUUGGGAUAACAGCACUAGAACUUGCUCAUGGUCAUGCCCCAUUUUCAAAGUACCCACCAAUGAAGGUUUUGUUAAUGACCUUACAAAAUGCUCCUCCUGGCCUUGACUAUGAAAGGGACAAGAGAUUUUCAAAGUCAUUUAAAGAGAUAGUAGCUGCCUGCUUAGUUAAGGAUCCGAAGAAGCGUCCUACUGCAGAAAAGCUUUUGAAGCACCGUUUCUUUAAACAUGCACAUAAUAAGGAAUUUAUAGCUCGGACAAUUCUCGACGGCCUUUCCCUCCUUGGGGAUCGUUUUAGGAUGUUGAAGCAAAAAGAGGCUGAGUUCUUCGCACAAAAUGAGGCUAUGUAUGGUGACAAAGACCAUUUAUCACAGCAAGAGUAUAUGCGAGGGAUCAGCGCAUGGAAUUUUGAUCUAGAGGAUUUGAAAAGACAGGCUGCUCUUAUUGAAGAUGAUGAUGGCAUCACCAUUGCAGAAAACCAAGACUGGAGCUGCAAACAUAGGGGUGAAUUUGGUAACUCAGCUGAUGUAACAGACAGAGAUCCCAUUAAUGCACGUGUAGAUAGUUUCAAUUUUAGUAGAUCAGAAUGGAAACAUUCCAGCCCCGACGAAAUUGAAGAAAUUGUUGAUUUAUCACCAUCAGUACAAGGGAAACAGAGUAGCUAUUCUGGACUUGAUAAUUUGGAAAAAAGUCGCUAUUUACUAAGAAAUGUUAAUUCUGAAGAUCCAAAGUUCUUAAGCAGUUUACCUCCAUUAAAAGUUGAUCAUUCCCCUUCUGUGAGUGCUGAUGAGGGCAGUGAUCACUUGACACGUCAUCAGAAGAGAUAUGAUGGUAGUUCUUUACAUGAGACUGCAUAUAAGGGGCGAUUCAAAGUCACAGUGCCAGAGUCCAGUCCUAAGGUCGCUCCAAAUGGCAUUACUAUCCCAUAUUUUGGAGAAUCGGCAAAUUCUAUAGUUGGUACAUCCGCCUCCAUUCUUCCUUCACUGCAUUGUAUUUUGCAGCAAAAUGCCAUGCAAAGGGAAGAAACAAUGAGAUUGGUUGAAGUUGUAGAUCAAAUCACUGGCAAUCAUACGGAGUUAGCGGAGUCAGUAACCAACAAUAAGCACAUGCAGAUGUCUCUGGCUUCUGCAAGAGAGAGAGUCUUAGAGUAUCAUGUCGUUGGUAUUCAAAACAAAAUCGACAAAUUAGUUGAAGAGUUGCAGAUACAGAAGAUGAAAAAUGCCAAGCUGGAAGGGCAAUUAAGUGCUGUGGUUGAUACGGAGUAGAAGUUGUGAGGCCUUCUUUCCUUACACGGAAGACGAUUUUAUAUUUGGUUCUUGUUAGGAAAAAGCUUCACUCUGUGUAUUGGCAGUCAAUUUUUCGUGUACACUGGUAAAUGGUAAAUUUUCGCUGUCAUACGUUAUUGUAAACAGUCGAUAUGUAUAAAAACUCUUCUGUAAACUAAUCUUUUGAGUUUAUCUAAGAAACAAGUUGAGCAUUCGGUUU